UUAAAGUCAGGUUUGAGCAGGGUUAAAGUCAGGUUUGAGCAGGGUUAAUGUUAGAUGUGAGCAGGGUUAAAGUUAGAUGUGAGCAGGGUUAAUGUUAGAUGUGAGCAGGGUUAAUGUUAGAUGUGAGCAGGGUUAAUGUUAGAUGUGAGCAGGGUUAAUGUUAGAUGUGAGCAGGGUUCAUGUUAGAUGUGAGCAGGGUUAAUGUUAGAUGUGAGCAGGGUUAAUGUUAGAUGUGAGCAGGGUUAAAGUUAGAUGUGAGCAGGGUUAAUGUUAGAUGUGAGCAGGGUUAAUGUUAGAUGUGAGCAGGGUUAAUGUUAGAUGUGAGCAGGGUUAAUGUUAAAUGUGAGCAGGGUUAAUGUUAGAUGUGAGCAGGGUUAAUGUUAGAUUUGAGCAGGUUUAAUGUUAGAUGUGAGCAGGGUUAAUGUUAGAUGUGAGCAGGGUUAAUGUUAGAUGUGAGCAGGGUUAAUGUUAGAUGUGAGCAGGGUUAAUGUUAGAUGUGAGCAGGGUUAAUGUUAGAUGUGAGCAGGGUUAAUGUUAGAUUUGAGCAGGGUUAAAGUUAGAUUUGAGCAGGGUUAAUGUUAGAUGUGAGCAGGGUUAAUGUUAGAUGUGAGCAGGGUUAAUGUUAGAUGUGAGCAGGGUUAAUGUUAGAUGUGAGCAGGGUUAAUGUUAGAUGUGAGCAGGGUUAAUGUUAGAUGUGAGCAGGGUUAAAGUUAGAUUUGAGCAGGGUUAAUGUUAGAUGUGAGCAGGGUUAAUGUUAGAUUUGAGCAGGGUUAAUGUUAGAUGUGAGCAGGGUUAAUGUUAGAUUUGAGCAGGGUUAAAGUUAGAUGUGAGCAGGGUUAAUGUUAGAUGUGAGCAGGGUUAAUGUUAGAUGUGAGCAGGGUUAAUGUUAGAUUUGAGCAGGGUUAAAGUUAGAUUUGAGCAGGGUUAAAGUUAGAUGUGAGCAGGGUUAAAGUUAGAUGUGAGCAGGGUUAAAGUUAGAUUUGAGCAGGGUUAAAGUUAGAUUUGAGCAGGGUUAAUGUUAGAUGUGAGCAGGGUUAAAGUUAGAUUUGAGCAGGGUUAAAGUUAGAUUUGAGCAGGGUUAAAGUUAGAUUUGAGCAGGGUUAAAGUUAGAUUUGAGCAGGGUUAAAGUUAGAUUUGAGCAGGGUUAAAGUUAGAUGUGAGCAGGGUUAAAGUUAGAUUUGAGCAGGGUUAAAGUUAGAUUUGAGCAGGGUUAAAGUUAGAUUUGAGCAGGGUUAAAGUUAGAUUUGAGCAGGGUUAAAGUUAGAUGUGAGCAGGGUUAAAGUUAGAUUUGAGCAGGGUUAAAGUUAGAUUUGAGCAGGGUUAAUGUUAGAUGUGAGCAGGGUUAAAGUUAGAUGUGAGCAGGGUUAAAGUUAGAUUUGAGCAGGGUUAAAGUUAGAUUUGAGCAGGGUUAAUGUUAGAUGUGAGCAGGGUUAAAGUUAGAUUUGAGCAGGGUUAAAGUUAGAUUUGAGCAGGGUUAAUGUUAGAUGUGAGCAGGGUUAAAGUUAGAUUUGAGCAGGGUUAAAGUUAGAUUUGAGCAGGGUUAAAGUUAGAUUUGAGCAGGGUUAAAGUUAGAUUUGAGCAGGGUUAAAGUUAGAUGUGAGCAGGGUUAAUGUUAGAUGUGACCAGGGUUAAUGUUAGAUGUGAGCAGGGUUAAUGUUAGAUGUGAGCAGGGUUAAUGUUAGAUGUGAGCAGGGUUAAUGUUAGAUGUGAGCAGGGUUAAUGUUAGAUUUGAGCAGGGUUAAAGUUAGAUUUGAGCAGGGUUAAUGUUAGAUGUGAGCAGGGUUAAUGUUAGAUGUGAGCAGGGUUAAUGUUAGAUGUGAGCAGGGUUAAUGUUAGAUGUGAGCAGGGUUAAUGUUAGAUGUGAGCAGGGUUAAAGUUAGAUUUGAGCAGGGUUAAUGUUAGAUGUGAGCAGGGUUAAUGUUAGAUUUGAGCAGGGUUAAUGUUAGAUGUGAGCAGGGUUAAUGUUAGAUUUGAGCAGGGUUAAAGUUAGAUGUGAGCAGGGUUAAUGUUAGAUGUGAGCAGGGUUAAUGUUAGAUGUGAGCAGGGUUAAUGUUAGAUUUGAGCAGGGUUAAAGUUAGAUUUGAGCAGGGUUAAAGUUAGAUGUGAGCAGGGUUAAAGUUAGAUGUGAGCAGGGUUAAAGUUAGAUUUGAGCAGGGUUAAAGUUAGAUUUGAGCAGGGUUAAUGUUAGAUGUGAGCAGGGUUAAAGUUACAUUUGAGCAGGGUUAAAGUUAGAUUUGAGCAGGGUUAAAGUUAGAUUUGAGCAGGGUUAAAGUUAGAUUUGAGCAGGGUUAAAGUUAGAUUUGAGCAGGGUUAAAGUUAGAUGUGAGCAGGGUUAAAGUUAGAUGUGAGCAGGGUUAAAGAUAGAUUUGAGCAGGGUUAAAGUCAGGUUUGAGCAGGGUUAAAGUCAGGUUUGAGCAGGGUUAAUGUUAGAUGUGAGCAGGGUUAAAGUUAGAUGUGAGCAGGGUUAAUGUUAGAUGUGAGCAGGGUUAAUGUUAGAUGUGAGCAGGGUUAAUGUUAGAUGUGAGCAGGGUUAAUGUUAGAUGUGAGCAGGGUUCAUGUUAGAUGUGAGCAGGGUUAAUGUUAAAUGUGAGCAGGGUUAAUGUUAGAUGUGAGCAGGGUUAAAGUUAGAUGUGAGCAGGGUUAAUGUUAGAUGUGAGCAGGGUUAAUGUUAGAUGUGAGCAGGGUUAAUGUUAGAUGUGAGCAGGGUUAAUGUUAGAUGUGAGCAGGGUUAAUGUUAGAUUUGAGCAGGUUUAAUGUUAGAUGUGAGCAGGGUUAAUGUUAGAUGUGACCAGGGUUAAUGUUAGAUGUGAGCAGGGUUAAUGUUAGAUGUGAGCAGGGUUAAUGUUAGAUGUGAGCAGGGUUAAUGUUAGAUGUGAGCAGGGUUAAUGUUAGAUUUGAGCAGGGUUAAAGUUAGAUUUGAGCAGGGUUAAUGUUAGAUGUGAGCAGGGUUAAUGUUAGAUGUGAGCAGGGUUAAUGUUAGAUGUGAGCAGGGUUAAUGUUAGAUGUGAGCAGGGUUAAUGUUAGAUGUGAGCAGGGUUAAAGUUAGAUUUGAGCAGGGUUAAUGUUAGAUGUGAGCAGGGUUAAUGUUAGAUUUGAGCAGGGUUAAUGUUAGAUGUGAGCAGGGUUAAUGUUAGAUUUGAGCAGGGUUAAAGUUAGAUGUGAGCAGGGUUAAUGUUAGAUGUGAGCAGGGUUAAUGUUAGAUGUGAGCAGGGUUAAUGUUAGAUUUGAGCAGGGUUAAAGUUAGAUUUGAGCAGGGUUAAAGUUAGAUGUGAGCAGGGUUAAAGUUAGAUGUGAGCAGGGUUAAAGUUAGAUUUGAGCAGGGUUAAAGUUAGAUUUGAGCAGGGUUAAUGUUAGAUGUGAGCAGGGUUAAAGUUAGAUUUGAGCAGGGUUAAAGUUAGAUUUGAGCAGGGUUAAAGUUAGAUUUGAGCAGGGUUAAAGUUAGAUUUGAGCAGGGUUAAAGUUAGAUGUGAGCAGGGUUAAAGUUAGAUUUGAGCAGGGUUAAAGUUAGAUUUGAGCAGGGUUAAUGUUAGAUGUGAGCAGGGUUAAAGUUAGAUGUGAGCAGGGUUAAAGUUAGAUUUGAGCAGGGUUAAAGUUAGAUUUGAGCAGGGUUAAUGUUAGAUGUGAGCAGGGUUAAAGUUAGAUUUGAGCAGGGUUAAUGUUAGAUGUGAGCAGGGUUAAAGUUAGAUGUGAGCAGGGUUAAUGUUAGAUGUGAGCAGGGUUAAAGUUAGAUGUGAGCAGGGUUAAUGUUAGAUGUGAGCAGGGUUAAUGUUAGAUGUGAGCAGGGUUAAUGUUAGAUGUGAGCAGGGUUAAUGUUAGAUGUGAGCAGGGUUAAUGUUAGAUGUGAGCAGGGUUAAUGUUAGAUCUGAGCAGGGUUAAUGUUAGAUGUGAGCAGGGUUAAUGUUAGAUGUGAGCAGGGUUAAUGUUAGAUGUGAGCAGGGUUAAAGUUUAUCUCACAGGUCAUCAGUUGUGACUCUACUGUGUGUUUCUGUUUGACAGCUCUGUGUGUUGUGGAGUCAGCUGGCACUAAGGAAGUGGUAGGAGGACAUGUCAUGUUCCGCUGCUCGUUCACGUUGGCAGGAACCAACAACAAAUACUUCUGCAAGGGGACAUGUUCUGGUAAAGACAUUCUGGUUAAAACUAAUGGUAGCAAGAAUGUUACUCAAGAUCGAUACAGUAUAGAAGACAACAGAGAUGGAGUCUUCUAUGUGACCAUCAAGAACCUGAUGAAGACAGACUCUGGGACCUACUGGUGUGGAGUGGAGAGAUAUGGCCCAGACUCAUACCAAGAGGUGCAUCUCACAGUUACAGAUGCUCCUCCCACUUCUACAACCUCACCUGUCACCUCCCGACGCCAUGUCUCCACAUCCCUUCUAAACCUCUCUACAACCCUCCCAAACCUCUCUACAACAUCCGCUAACCUCUCCACAACCCUCCCAAACCUCUCUACAACAUCCGCUAACCUCUCCGCAACGUUUCUGGUAUCUGGAGAUAUCAGUGGUCCCUCUUCAUCAAGAGCAGACAGAGGAGAGGAACCAGGAGAACACCACCACCACCAGUCUCCUCCAACACACAACCUGACCCUACUGGAGAGGUUGACUGUGUGUAUGAGGAGAUCAGAGAGGCAGACAGACAGACAGACACACUCCCUUUGGUCAUUUCAUCAGUCUACUCCUACUGUCAAUUCACCUACAACCUACCCUGCUGACCAAGCCUCUACAACCUACCCUGCUGACCAAGCCUCUACAACCUACCCUGCUGACCAAGCCUCUACAACCUACCCUGCUGACCAAGCCUCUACAACCUACCCUGCUGGCCAAGCCUCUACAACCUACCCUACUGGCCAAGCCUCUACAACCUGCCCUGCUGGCCAAGCCUCUACAACCUACCCUGCUGGCAAAGCAGCUAGCUGCCACAAAGAUGAUAUAAAUCCAAGUUAUUCUACUGCAGAUCACCCAGAUUCUUUCAUCUACUCCAGUGUGGAUCUACCUACAGAAUCUAGAGUCUCCUCAAGUCCUCCAACAGUCAGUGGAAACCAGGAUGAUUCCAUCUAUUCUACAGCCCAGCUACCCAAAGAUACUGUAUAA